AUGGCGUCCAAGAACAGUGAAGGGCUCGUGGUGUAUGGCGAAGAUUCACGCGCCGGAGUUACCAACCGCAGGCUAGGCCUGGCGAUUGCACACGUAUCAGCCUAA